CCUUUGUCGAUGCCUCUAAACACAUACGUCCAUGCAUCUUCACAUGCGCUACAUGCAAGAUGACACUUGUCCGGAUACUAGGAAAUGAAUGGUGUUUGGUCUUUACAUUCUCUGGCUGCUGGAUACUAUAGGGUCUUUUUCGCCACAAUCCAUCACGAUCACGAACUCACCUGCGCCUUCGGCUUUCGACAUUUUGGUAUACUUUUAAUAUUUGCAGUUUUGGAGUUUGACUGGUCCUUUUUCACGUGCUUUACUGUUGGAAACCGCUGAUAUAAACGACAUUCGGCAUUCGACGACACGAUUCACUUUGGCAAUGAGUCGCAAUGUCCAUUCAUUGGGUCCGACGUGCGCAUUUUACGAAGAGGAAGACCCUGCUUCUCCGGGCGACGGACUGACACCACCAAGAAUAAAGGCUCAAUUCUUCUACGUGUCUUCCCUUCCUAUCGACGACCCUCUUUCCCCUCUACCUCCUAUCUCCACCGAUAAAUCCACAGAUUUUCCUCCGCAGCCAUUUUCUGUCCGAGACAAUGCGGCGUUAGAAGAGGCAUGGCAGGCAUUUCAGAGCAGUGGGCGCUUGACAGGCCGGUCUGAACAAGAAAGGGGGAGGAAGAACUUUACCCGCGGAAUCUUCUCCUUUCCAGACUUCAGGGACUCUAGUGGCUCUUCUUCUGCUCAACGGUCUCCGGCGAAGGAUGGUACAAAGUUGGGCGGUGGAUUAGGCAGACAAAAGUUGACUGGGGUCGAGAAAGAAGUCAUACUGGACCAAGUUCCCUCGAACUCGAACAAGAAUGCAGAGCCUGUGGAUGCUCAAGAGUUGGAGGACAGCUCGGACAACAACCACGCCGCGUCUCGGGAGCCAUCGAAGAGCCGACGACACUUCUCGCCUUUCCGCCACAGGCCCAAAAAUGGCAAAGCAAGUCGAGACAACUCGCCGAGAACCCCGAAAGGUGAAGAACCCCAGCCAGCCUCAGCUCAGAAUACAGCACAAAUAGAGUCUGAUAUCAGCGGUCGCCCUUUUGCUCGAGCGCCCAGUGGACGGAAUAUUACCUCGGGCUAUGCCAAACCAACGGGGUAUGGCACUUCAGACGUAUCGGACGAUGACUCCAAAGACCGAAGUCGUUCACGAAGUAUCGGUCGACGUCGCCAGAAGGGAAAGGAAGAAGGCAAGGUCUUCGUUCCUGUUGGUGUUUCCCGCCUGCAUCUGGUUGAAAUGCCCGAUCUAAUCAUGAAACCCAUUUAUUGGUCACCCAUAAAUGACACCUCGAACGUAAUCAGGGCAACCUGGUUCUAUACAGAUACAAUGCUACCUGUGCCGGCGGAUGUAGCAAACCGACUGGAAGUAGGCUAUGAGUAUAUGAUGCCCUAUAGCGCUUCUUACCAGGAGGAGCUUCAAGCCUGUAUUGAGAACGGCGCCUCGGCUGAGAUGAAGGUUGUACAUAAGUUGUGGCCAGAUGAAUCCAAAGCCAGCAGGCCCGGAACAGCCGUGGACAUGAAAGACAACAAGCCCGAUGCUCAUGAAGGAAUGGGUCAGGGUUUUCUCCCCGAGCGUGCAGCCAACACAGCAGCUGAUCCCCGAAAAGCCAAAGACCGACGACUGUUUGCAACACACAGUGUAAUAUACCUUGACGCCAGAAAUGCGCAAAUUUUGAGGCCUAGUCUCCUGCCCUCAAUCACCCAAAAUCGGAGGCCUUUGAGUUCUUUGCGGAAAGGUCGCCAGAUUGGUGUGGCGGUUGUACGUGGCUUCGACCGCAAGGCGUGGCUCAAGGUUCAUCCAGAUCCAAAGAUGGAUGCCAAAGCUGCUCACGCCAAAGUGGGAGCAUAUAUGUCUCAGUCAGGAGACGCUACUACUAGAGGGAGGAGAAUGUCUUGUCCCGCUUGCGACCAAGAUACCAAAGCACCAAAGGUGUCAGAUCUUGUACUUGUCAUUCAUGGUAUUGGCCAGAAAUUAUCUGAAAGGGUCGACAGCUUUCACUUCACUCAUGCAAUUAACGGACUGAGGCGCGAAUUCAAUGUCGAGCUAUCGACAGAGGCCGUCAAGGGCAAUCUGAGAAAGGGAACCGGUAUCAUGGUUUUGCCAGUCAAUUGGCGCCUGACGGUCUCCUUUGACGAGGAUGGCACUGCGUGCAAGGGGAAUACAGAGAACAAGUAUGCGUUGAAAGACAUCACGCCCGACAGCCUCCCAAGUGUGCGUUCUCUUAUCAGCGACGUUAUGCUAGAUAUACCGUACUAUUUGUCUCAUCACAAAGACAAGAUGACGUCGGCUGUCGUUCGGGAGGCAAAUAGGGUCUAUCGAUUGUGGUGUCGAAACAAUCCAGGAUUUGAGGAAUAUGGUCGAGUCCAUCUUGUGGCUCACUCGCUCGGAUCAGUUAUGGCCAUGGAGAUACUAAGUAAGCAACCCACUAAACUUGGCAAGGACAUCAAGUUGGACACCAAACGGCCGAGUGAGAAGUUGUUUGAGUUCGACACUACCAACCUCUUUUGUUGUGGAAGUCCGAGUGGGUUCUUUUUGCUGCUCAACAAUUCCAGUUUGGUUCCUCGCAAGGGACGCAACAAACCAGGAAUGGAGGGUGAGGACAGACAGCCUGGAAUUGCCAGCGAAGCUCGAUAUGGUUGUCUGGCGGUUGACAACAUUUACAACAUUUGUCAUCGAAACGAUCCCAUUUCGUACCUACAAAAUGCUUCUGUUGAUCAGUUAUAUGCAGCUUCUCUCCAACCGGCAUCAAUUCCAAGUGCCAGUCUCAGCUUCAUGACGCGGAUUGGCACGAGUUUGCGCUGGGGUGCGAAAUCAUCCUCUGAUGCAUAUACAGCGGUGGCACCUCCAACUCGACCGGAAUUACAGCAUAUACCGAGCACCGUUGAACUCGAGACUCACAAUUUCACACGCGAAGAAGUGGCGGAGAAGAGGAUGUUUCUGCUCAAUGACAAUGGACAGAUUGAUUGGUUCCUGAAUUCAGGCGGCGGUCCUUUGGAGAUUCAAUAUCUCAACAUGCUCAGCGCACAUAGCAGCUAUUGGAUCUUGCAAGAUUUUGUGCGAUUCCUCGUGGUGGAGAUUGGAAGGAAGGCAGGAAAACAACAUACCCUACCGGCAUUGAGGGCGGUGAAGAAGAGGGAGUACAAAAGAGGUGACAUUGAGUGAUUGAUGUUAUGAUGCGGUUUGUUUUUUUGCUCUUUGCAGCGUUUUGAGCAUGCAUGCUUUAAGGUAGAUGGUCAAUAAGCAUGGAUUCUGGUGCUCGGAGUUGAAGGUCGCAUACAGAGUACAAAGUGCUGUGACCCGGAAAUUGGUGGUUGGCAUGGGUUUUGGGUUUAAAUAUCUUUAGACAUUGAUACCCUAGUCCAUGAACAAUAAGAAUCUGUCAU